AUGAGCUCACCAUUAUCCAAAUUGCUCAGGUUGACUAUACACGCAAGGCUCUAUCAAACACACUCAAGUCGACCUUCAAAGAAGAAGUGCGAAGAAAAGUGGUGGUCGGGUUUGACGGCCGACACAACAGUAGAAGGUCCCGACAUUGCCGGACUGAGUAGAUAUGCUCACCUGGUGGUCAAUGUCUUACGAAACGCACAUGUGACUGUUUUCCUGUACAGUGAGUGUGUCCCCACUCCUCUCGUGGCUUUCGGGGUACGGCACUUGAAAUGUUGUUGUGGUGUGAUGAUCACUGCCUCACACAACCCCAAACAAGACAACGGCUUCAAGUUAUAUUGGGAAUACGGGGCACAGGAGACAUUGACGGGUUUCAAAUGGAUAGGCAACACCUGCAAUGAACUGAGCAGAAAAAACAACUCAGUUCUGUUCGCUUAUGAGGAAGCCAUUGGAUAUAUGUGCAACCCCAACAUUCCGGAUAAGGACGGAAUCAGUGCAGCAGUCCUCAUCGCCCAACUGACCGGAUACCUCACAGCUCACCAGAAGAAUCCAUUCCUGAGUACUCUCCUCGAACGUCUCUACAUGAAAUAUGGGAGACACCUCACCCGCAAUUCCUACUUACGUAUUCCCAAAAGUUCAUCGCAAAUGAUAACAUUUUAUUUCGACCACUCGCUGACUCCCACUCUUAAAGCGAGUGGGACGGAGCCUAAAAUCAAGUUUUAUAUUAAGAUUAUUGGUCCACCUUCACAAAACUAG